AUGGAGACGUGUGAACUGGACGAUAUGCGAGCUGAGGCCAGCAAAGCUGAGGUUAGAGCACAAAAUGAUUCGGCUGAGUCAAUUGACGAUUCUUCGAUAAGGGCAUUAAGAGGGGAGAUGGGUGGUUCAAUGAGUGAGACGGCCUCAAUGAGUGAGACGGCCCCAAUGAGCGAGCCGGGCGAGCCAGGUAAUCCCCUCCCUACCACCCCCAUCCAACAGCUCAUGAAAGCUGCUCAACAAGGAGACAUUGAAACUCUCUCUUCGCUCUUAGAAUCUCAUCAAGUCUCUGCAAAUGACCACCUUGAAGACAACGUGUCUGCUCUUCAUUGGUGUGCCAUCAAUAACAAGCUCUCGGCAAUGAAGUACCUCGUUUCUAAAGGAGCCGAUAUCGACUAUGUCGGAGGCAAUCUAAACGCAACUCCUUUGCAUUGGGCAUGUCGUUAUGGUCUCGUUUAUAUAGCCGAUUACCUAAUCAGCCAAUGUCAAGCCAAUUACUCUCUUAAGGAUGCUCAGGGGUUCAACUGCGUGCAUCUUUCUGUGCAUUCAUCAAAUAUCAUGAUGGUCAUCUACAUCACUCGGUUCACCGAUCUUGACAUCGAUACAGCCGAUCCUAACGGCCGUACUGCACUUCAUUGGGCCGCUUACCAAGGAGAUACACUCUCUGUAGAAUACUUGUUAACUCUCAAGCCGAGCAUCAACUCUGUCGACGAAUUAGGUUUUACUCCUUUUCAUUGGUGUCUUGUUAGACAGUUAAAAUACAUCAUGAUCAAACUGAUAAAUGCAGGAAGUGACCUUCAUCGUACUACAAAUGAUGGGAAAACUUGCUGGGACAUCGCUCACGACAUGAACUGCUCUUCUCAGCUUACCUCUGCACUUUAUGAGUGCGGAUAUAACAAAGACUUGUCCAAAUCUCAGUCUCGUUGGCUUUCCAAGUCGUCUGCAAAGAUCAUAACGUUCACAUCUCCAUACAUCACUCUUCCUUUGAGUCUCUGGGUACUUUCUAGAGUCAAUCUACUUCUUGGUCUAAUCUUAACAGCUGGUAUACAGGCUCUACAGAUGGCUCUUCUUACGAGAAUCAUCCUUCCUGUCUACAAUCGAAAGUCAGAUCCUCUUCUAAGGACCCCAUUCUUCGCAGGAGUAUUCUCUGCUACCAGUGUUUGGUGUAUCAUCACUUGGCUCUUCGUUCUCAUACCGUAUACCUUCUUCGACAGAUCCUUUACCAACUUCCUCUUUCUCGUUGGAGCCACAAUAGUCGUAAUAUCCUUUAUAAAGGCUAUGCGACUAGAUCCAGGAUACAUCCCCAAAGAAACAAACUCGAAAAACAUCCAAAGCACAAUACAAGCUCUUAUUUCUUCACGGAAAUUCGAUGCUCGUAACUUCUGCGUCUAUACAAUGAUCAGAAUACCUCUCAGAUCCAAAUAUAGCCAUUCUAAAGACCUUUACGUCGCCAGAUUUGACCACUACUGUCCCUGGGUCUACAACGACAUCGGAGUUAGAAACCACAAGGUGUUUUUGGCCUUCUCAGUGACUCUUUCAGCCACUAUCUUUUUCUAUUUGACCUUGACUGCCAAGUAUUUCGACGAAUUGGAUCUUCCUGAUCAAGUUGAACACUCGUGCUCCAUUCUCAGUGAAGAUCUCUGUUCAGGCUUCCACGGUUCUCCUUUUAUAUUCUUUCUUAUGAUUUGGGCUUCUUGUCAACAGAUUUGGCUUCUCAUGCUGAUUUUAGUUCAGGUCUUUCAAAUCUCAAGAGGUUAUACCACCUACGAAUUCACCAAUAAGCAUAACUCUUCUCAUAUGAGAGCGUCCAGCUUUUCGUCUAUUCCGACAGAUGAACCGAGAGCUGAAGAUGCACCGCAGGAACCGCAGGAACCACAGACAUCACAGACACCACAAACACCGCAGACACCGCAGACACAACAAAGUGAACCAACCAGCUGCUCGCCUCGUCUACUGCGUAAGCUUCUCUGCUUACCAUCGUUUUUCAUCAAUUCUAAAAUUUCACGUGUCCUUGGAUUGAAUCAAUUUACUCUCAUCAGUAACGAUUUUAUACGUCAUAGAAGAGUCUCCGAUGAAAACAGAUUUAACUACGGAUUCAAAACCAACUGGUUGAAUUUCUUGUUCGUAAGAAGUGAUAGUGAACCUUAUGGUCUGGAAACGUUAUUCAGAAUACCCAAAGCAGGAGAAGCGAAUUUGGGAGACGCCUACGUCGAUUAUUAUAAGUUGUAUGAACCUCCCAUUAAUGCGAGGUAUUCGAGGGUUUAG